AUGCAAGGACGGGGAGGCGGUCGUGCGCAAGGUGCUAACAGAGAUGCUGCCAGCGCCUCCCCGCACCGUCGCCUCUACAGGCAGCGCUGGCAGCGGCGCGAGUGUGCUGUGGCGCCGCGCCGUGCUGAAGGAGGGCGUGCCGCACGUGUGCGUCGACGUCCGCGCCACGGAGGACACGCUGCGCAGGGUUGCCAGGGCGCUGAGCGUGGGCAGCGUGGAGGUGUGCGGCGACCUGCUGGACUUUGUGGAGGAGGCGUGCCGGAUGGCCCGCGCUACGCGUGGGGGGGAGACGCCGCUGGUCGUGCUGCGGCUGCGCGAGGGCAGCAGCAUGCAGCGGGUGCACAGGGACGUGGCCGCGCUGGCGUUCGACCGCCGUGUGUGCCAUGUCGUGGUGGGGGUGCCCACAGGCCUCCUGCUCCGACUUGGCUGUCCUUGCCGCGGUUUGUUGUUUUGCACAUUCCACCCUUCUCCCGCGAGCAGGCAUUCGGGUACAUGGGGCACAUACUGGAUGCGCUUGACCUGCUGUGCUUUGUGGAGACUGUGGGAACGGACGGCAGGGACUGCGGCUACCUGUACGCUGGGGUGCACCAGCGCGGGGUGGACGUGGUCGAACACACAAGUCUGAGGCUGGUGGGAGCGAACCACGGACUAGUGGCGGCACUGGGGCCUCCUGGCUCGUCCACCGGCGCGGCGCUUUCACCGAUGGCGUUGCUGUUGUUCGCCGAUGGCGUGCAUGAUGGUUCUGUUGGGGGGAUGUCGGCGCUGGCGAAUCCAGGUCUGCAGGAGUUUGUGCUGUGCGACGCAGUGCUGGACGCGUGGGCCUUCAUGCAGCGGGUGUUCCACACCGCUGCGAGGUGCGUCUUGCGGUAG